AAUUCAACGUGUUCGAAUGAUUGACGCCGACGUUUAAAUGCUGGAAGUAUGACUCAGUAAAAAGCAUCUUUGAGUUUAAGACUACUAAGUUUCUAUUUCACAACUGUUUCUACCCAUAAAUGUGGUAACACUAAGCUAUCUAAAAAUUCCGGAGAAUUUGAAUCUUUCCGCCUUUUCAAGGUAAUUUGAGUGUUGGAAUUUCAGGCUGUUUAUGGAGAGCUUAUUGAACUCAAAAAUGCACUUAUGUAUUCGCAAAUCGCAGUCAAUCUAAAAUUCUACCAAAUGGACCUUGCAUCUUAAAGUGAAUGCGUCAGCAUAAAGUAUUUUUCCAUGGAUCCCGAAAAAUUUCUAAAUCUGCAAGUGCAAAUGCGCGAAAACAAUAUGGAAGUUGCAGAUUUUCUAAGUGAUUUUACUGCUUGGAAGCAGACAGUUGAAUCAAAAAGCAAACGUUUAGAAAAUUUAUCUCAACCGGAGAUUCCAGCUAUUCGUAAUAGUUUAUUUAAAAAAAGUAAAAAGAAGAGAAAUAAGCAAAAGAUUAGCGACAAAAAAGUUGAACGAAUUAAGGCUUAUGAUUAUCGUGCUUGGGAUAAGUUUGAUGUCGACAAAGCUUUAGAGGAAGAUGAUAAGGAUGGUUCUGGUGGUGACAAAGCUUCUGAUGGUCAUAGUUGUAGCAGUGAAACAGAUGAAGAACAAGAAGAUGAAAGAAGAAUCCAACUAUCCAAAGAAGCUCGUGAGCUAGGCAACGUUCGUUUUAAAGAAGGUAGACUGGAUGAAGCUAUUGAACAGUAUACAAUGGCUAUACGUCUUGCACCUGAAGAUCCUAUCCCAUAUACAAAUCGUGCAUUCGCUUAUAUUAAAACAGAACGAUUUGCAUCAGCUGAAACUGAUUGUACAGCUGCUUUGAAACUGGAUAAAACAUCUGUUAAGGCAUUAUUUCGGAGAGCACUUGCUCGAAAAGGCUUAGGUCAAAUCUCUGGAGCAAUUGAAGACUUAGAAGAAUUACUUAAAAUUAAUUCAGAUAAUAAAAGUGCCUUAAGUGAAUUGAAUUCAUUAACUGGAAGAAAGAUGGUUAACACGUCCAACUCUUCUACAUCACAUUGUUCUAUUCAAUCGACAAGUAAUCAACGAAAAAUGAGAAGAAUACCAAUCGUUGAAAUCAGUGGUGAUAUUGAAGAGACACAGAAAACUAAAAUAUCUGAUUGUACUUAUCAAACAGUUAAUGACAACUGUCCAAUUAAGAAGAAAGAUGACGUAACGGAAGAGAAAUUAUUUCAUUCAACUUCUCUAAUGCUUAAUACAUCAAAAACCUCAAGAAUCUCCUCUUCUGAUAGUAAAAAUGAUACUUCAAAAUCUGUGAAAAUGAUUAACAAUCCAGUGAUAAAUUCUACCGGUGAUCAUCUUCUUAAAAAGUCAGAACCUUUUCGAAAUAUUAAUUUGCAUAAACCGCCAUCAAAUUGGUUCCAGUUGGAACGUGAAGUACGUGAAUUAUGCCAGCGUGAUAGUUCUUCUUCUUUUUCUUCCAAUUGUAAAACAAUAAAUCUUAGCAAAGAAGCCAUCAUUUACUUGUGUAAUAUUCAACCAAAUCGUUAUGCAGAAUUAUUCGGUGAAAAUAUGGAAAGUGAUUUCUUGUCACGUAUGCUUCAAUCAUUUUGUCAAUCUGUUAAUGAUACUAAUCAAUUAACAAAUCAUGAGAUUGCUGAUCGUCUUUUAUCUUUGUCUAAAUUGCCAAGAUUCGAUGUUGCCUGGAUGAUGACUAAUGAAACGGAGCGUUUAAAUGUUAUAAAACUUAUAAAACUUUUACAAAAUGAUAAUUCAAUUAACAAAGAGUUGAUAAAACAGAUUAGUGUACAGUUUGAGUGUGAUAUUUGAGAUAAACGAUUUUUACAUCAUUUCC